UUUCUCUCUCUCUCUCUGGUCCUCUAGUACCGUGUGCUCUGCUUUCUUACUCUCUCUCUCAUUCUCAGAGUGGAGGCAGGGAUAUUUCUCUCUCUAGGGUUGUGAGUAUUUUUUUUAGCGUUUUCCUUCCCAUUUUGGUUUUUAAAGUUCCAUCUCUGUUUCAUUUUCCAAGAGAUGCGUCGAAGACGAAGCUCCCUUCUCAGUUACUAAGGGAAAUAUACAUUAUGAGGAGUUUAAGUUUGAGGCCAUGGGCAGUGGUGUUUGCAUCUGGAAAUGAAGGAGAGGCAGCGUUGGAGAUCUGAAGAGGACACUUUGUUACGUGCGUAUGUCAAACAAUAUGGCCCUAGGGAGUGGAACCUUGUGUCACAGCGCAUGAACACAACUCUAAACAGGGACGCGAAAUCCUGCUUAGAAAGGUGGAAGAACUACCUCAAACCUGGCAUAAAGAAGGGAUCCCUCACUGAAGAGGAGCAGCGUCUUGUCAUCCGCCUUCAAGCCAAACACGGCAACAAAUGGAAGAAAAUCGCAGCUGAAGUCCCAGGUCGUACUGCUAAGAGACUAGGCAAGUGGUGGGAAGUGUUCAAGGAGAAGCAGCAGAGGGAGCAGAAGGAGAGCAACAAAACAGUUGCUCCAAUCGAGGACGGAAAGUACGAUAGGAUUCUUGAGACUUUUGCAGAGAAGCUAGUGAAAGAGCGCAAGGCCCCAGCCUAUCUCAUGGCCACUUCCAAUGGCGGUUUUUUGCAUUCGGACCCACCUGCUCCUGCACCAGCUUUGCUACCUCCAUGGCUUUCUAAUUCCAAUGGCACCUCCACAGUCAGGCCACCCUCCCCUUCUGUGACCCUCAGCCUCUCUCCCUCAACUGUUGCGGCCCCUCCUCCAAUCCCAUGGUUGCAGCCUGAUAGAGGACCGGAUAAUAACUCUCUUGUUUUUGGAAAUUUGCAGCCUCAAGGUUCGGUCCCUGGUUGUGGAGAGAGCAUGCUGAUAUCUGAGUUGGUGGAGUGCUGCAGAGAUUUGGAAGAAGGGCACCAUGCGUGGGCAGCACAUAAGAAGGAAGCAGCCUGGAGGUUAAGAAGGGUAGAGCUGCAACUUGAAUCAGAGAAGGCAUGUCGGAGAAGGGAGAAGAUGGAAGAGAUCGAAGCGAAGGUGAAGGCUCUUAGGGAAGAGCAAAAGGUUGCUUUGGAUAGAAUUGAAGCAGAAUACAAGGAACAAUUGGUAGGACUAAGGAGGGAUGCAGAAGCCAAAGAGCAGAAGUUGGCUGAACAAUGGACUUCAAAGCACUUGCGUCUUACCAAGUUUCUUGAGCAGAUGGGCUGCAGACCCAGGCUUUCUGAACCUAAUGGCCGAUGAGGAAGAUCAAUAUACACAGCGGGGGUGG